AUGAAACAAUCCUCUAACUUUUUAUAAUAUUUGAAUUAAUCUUAGCAAUUUUUAUUGCUAAAAAAUACGCCAUGUAUUUUAAUAAGUUAAAUAUUAGCAUAGUAAAUUUAAUAAAUUGCUUAAUGA